AUGCGUGCUUUAUUUGUAGCCGAAAAAAAUGAUGCAGCUAAGAGCAUUGCAGCAAUAUUAUCACGUGGUACCUCUACACGACGUGAUGGUCGUAGUCGUUUCAAUAAAAUUUAUCAGUUUACUGCGAAUGUUGGACAAAACGCAGGUUGUCAUGUUGCAAUGACAAGUGUUUCUGGCCAUUUGCUUCAGCAUGAAUUCCCAGCAGCUUUCAAAAAUUGGAUUGAGACUCCAAUCAAGAUGUUAUUCGAUGUAAAUAUACAGAAAAAUACAAUUCCGGGAAUGGAAGAUAUCAGGACUACAUUAAUCGCCGAGGUGCAGAAAUCUGAUUUGCUCGUCAUAUGGACCGAUUGUGAUCGAGAAGGUGAAGCUAUUGGAGCCGAAGUGGUAUCUGUAUGUGCUCAGGUUAACCGUAACUUGGAUGUCUAUCGAGCUCGAUUUUCCGAAAUUACAAAUACAGCUAUUAAUCGUGCACUGAAUAAUUUGGUUAGGUUGGACCAGCGGUUAGUGGAUGCUGUUGAAUGUCGUUCAGAAUUGGAUUUACGAAUUGGUGCAGCAUUUACGCGGCUACAGACACUUCAUUUAAGGAAUAAUUUCGCUAAUAUAUUUCGUGAUAAGAGUGUCGUCAGUUAUGGCUCAUGUCAAUUUCCAACGUUAGGAUUCAUUGCGGAGCGUUACCAAACCAUCAAAGAAUUCAUUUCGGAAACAUUUUGGAAGAUUUCUAUGAAGCAUGAGCGAGAAGACAUUAUAGUUGAAUUUGUUUGGGAUCGUCAAAGGCUUUUUGAUCGUGACGUUGUCCAGGUGCUCUUAGAUGAUUGUGAGGAAGCAAGAGAAGCGCGAGUUUUAUCUGUAAUAAAGAAACCGAAGAAUAAAUGGAGGCCUGUUGCACUUGACACUGUUGAACUUGAAAAAUUAGCUGUUCGAAAGUUAAAAUUUAGCGCCAAAGAGACAAUGGUUGUGGCGGAACGAUUAUAUAAUAAAGGUUAUAUAUCAUAUCCACGUACAGAAACAAAUAAGUUUCCGAAAGAUAUGGAUUUGAACAUAUACGUACAACAACAAACGGUAAGCGGAGAAUGGGGAGACUUUGCGCAAGAGGUUGCUGCACGUGGUCCGAAUCCGAGAAAUGGUUCAAAAACUGAUGAUGCACAUCCUCCGAUUCAUCCAUUAAAAUUCGCUACAGCAAAUGAAUUGAUCGGACUGGAAUGGUCGUUGUACGAAUUCAUCGUGCGAUAUUUUCUUGCUUGCCUUUCUGUUGAUGCAAAGGGACAAGAGACUAAAGUUCAGGUUCGUGUGGGCAACGAAAACUUUACUGCGUCAGGGCUUGUAAUUGAAGAUUAUGGCUAUCUAAACGUUUAUAAGUAUGACAAAUGGAGUGAUAAAAUUCUGCCUUCUUAUCACGAAAAUGAAUUAAUCACCAGCUAUCAGUUGCAAAUAACAGAGGGGCAAACGCAGCCACCUCAGUUGCUUAAUGAAGCUGAUUUGAUUGCGUUGAUGGACAAAUACGGUAUUGGGACGGAUGCAACGCAUGCAGAACAUAUUGAAACAAUUAAAACACGUCAGUAUGCCGCAUUGAAUGAUGAUGGACGGUUCGUUCCGGGCUAUAUUGGAUUAGCACUUAUCGAUGGAUACGAUCGGAUGGGUUAUGCUAUGAGCAAACCUCAUAUGCGUGCUGAUCUGGAGUCGCAACUGAAACUUAUUUGUCUUGGACAAAGGAAUAAGGAAGACGUGCUAAAGGAACAGAUCGAAAGAUAUCGGGCAAUAUUUGAACAAGCAGAAGAUAAAGUGCAAAUGCUGUCAAAUGCUUUGCGUCAGUAUUUGAAUCAGCGUGAAAAUCUACCUAAAACAGUAACGAUACCUGAAAAUCAGCAGAAAAAUAACCUGCAAUUGCCGAAUAAUAUGCGCGUGGCAACUGGUCGUGCCCCUUUAACGCCAAGAAAUAGUAAUUCCACAAGACGUGGUAGAAGUGGCAAAUCGGGAAGUCGUGGUGUCAGCCGAUCGAUUUCCAGAACAGCUACUAAUAGGGAACAAUUGGCGACAACCAAUACUAGUGACAUUGAACUUCUUUCAUCCCUUUCUAUAUUGCAUUCGAAUAGUGGAACACGGGGUCGGACAAGGGCAACUAGUAGUGCAGGUGGUGGUCGUGCUAGAAGUCGCGCUAGAGUGCAGGGACGACAAUGUUCUUGUGGACAAGCUGCGAAACGUUUGAUUGUUAAAAAGGAGGGCCCAAAUCAUGGUCGCGCCUUCUGGACAUGUCCAAAAGGUCAGGAUAAUCCUGAGAAGUGUAAAUAUUUCGAAUGGGACGGAUCUAGGAAUAACGAACCAUCUUAA